AUGCUUGGUGCAGGUUAUUCUAAUCUCCCUGGGUGUAUACAAAACAACGAUAAUGAAAAUAACGGUAGAGGUGCAGGUGACGAAAAUAUUGAAAGCGAAGAGGGGGAGAGAGAUCAGGUUAUGGAGAGAAAUGGUGAGACUUAUAUUUCUUUACCAGGUGAAAUUCAGAGAAAACGGGGGACGAUAAAUCCACAGAAUAAAGAUCGACACUGUUUCAAAUGGAGUGUUCUGGCAAAACAUGUCACUGGUAGAAACAGGUGUCGUAUCGGAAAUAAUUACCACCAACAUUUUGAAAAAUAUGACUUCUCAGGUUUAUCGUUCCCUACGCCGUUGAGUGAAGUCAAAAUUUUUGAACGGAAGAAUCCUUCUGUUAGUAUUAAUGUUUAUGGACUAGAGAAAAAUUAA